UUGCCCAAAAAGAAAAGCGUAAGGUUUGCUGACCAUGAUUUGUAUGAAGAUGAUGAUGAAGCGGAGCAUACAGAGAACGAUUAUCUCUCCAGAAAACCAGGUUACACCCAGCGUCCUGUAUCAGCCAAGGCAGUCAUGCAGACUACCUCGGCAGAACCCACAGGAAAACCACCACGUGUGGCCAGUGCUGGCAUCCACCGUACAUGGAUUGGGCCGCAGAAACACAAGUCAACGAUACGACCACAGGCAGCUGCUCAUAUCAUAACCCAAAACAGAACACCAGCGAUGGGGCUCAACGGCACGACAGACAAAUCUGUUACUGUGACCAACAACAAUUUCAUGAGUAAAGUUCCAGUACAGAAUGGAAAGGGCGCCAAUGGCUCCCCUGGUGGGUCAGAGGUUAUGGUAUAUAAUCUGUCCAGACUAAACAAUGCUGCAGCUUCCAACAAAAGUUCUGUGGCUUCAAACAAAAAUGAAACAAAUUCUCACCAUCAACAGCCAUCUGUCAGUCAUUUUCCUCCGUCUCAAGGGGUUGGUGCUGGUGGCAAAGUAUAUGAUACGCCUGUGUACGAUGAAAAUGGGAUGCGUGUUGACCGAACACCAACAGACGACGAGAUUAACUUUCUCUGGGACAAAGUACGGACUUGUCUGAAUCGUAGUGGAUCAACUGCUGUUGUUGAACCAGAGAAAGCUAUCCAGUCAAAUGAACAACAUUCAUCCCAGCCUCGACAGGCUGCCACUAUGUCCAGUACUUAUAUUGAUGGGGCAGCCUUGGGACAGAUAUACAACACCCGGGUGGCUCCCCCACAGGCCCACACACAGCCAUACACUAACCCAGCCUCCCACCAGAGGAAACCAGCCAGUGCAAGUGAUCAGGCAUACGCCCGCAGGUAUGGACUUCUGCAGCAGAGGCGGCAACACAACCCCAACAACUUGAGUAAGGCCCCAGCCUCUGCACCCAGUAGGGAGUUCAUCACUUACCACGGCCCUGUCAUGAGCAAUACAGAACCUCAACAAGGAACAACUCCUUUACCUCCUGAUGCCAGUGAAAGCAUGGCAGCGUUCAUGGUGGCGGAGCAGUUAACCCAGCAGUCCAUGUCUGAUAGCCAGAUCAAUGUGGCGAUGGAGGAGGCCCAGAAGAGACAGCAGACCAACAACAACGCCAGACCAAACCAAAAAG